AUGGGUAAAGCGAAAGCUGGCAAGCGGAAUGCCGCCUCUUCGGGGAGCCCCUACUCUCGACCUUCUCAGAAGACGAACAAUGUCUUCAAGUUCAACACAAACGUUGGUCAACAUAUCUUGAAGAACCCCGGUGUGGCGGAUGCGAUCGUUUACAAAGCCGAACUUAAGCCCACGGAUACUGUCCUCGAGAUCGGUCCGGGAACUGGUAACUUAACAGUGAGGAUUCUUGAAAAGGCGAAGAAGCUCAUUGCGAUCGAGUUCGAUCCUCGAAUGGCGGCCGAAGUGACAAAGCGUGUGCAAGGGACUCCGGAACAGCGCAAGCUCGACGUCAUGCUUGGUGAUGCCAUCAAAGUCGAAUGGGUUCCUUUCGACGUUCUCAUUUCAAACACACCUUACCAGAUCUCCUCGCCUCUAGUCUUCAAGAUGCUCGCGAUGCCAAAGCCGCCGCGGCAAGCGAUUCUCAUGUUUCAGCUCGAGUUCGGACAAAGACUUGUGGCCAAGCCAGGCGACAAGCUUUACGGCAGAUUGAGUGUGAACGCCAAUUUCUGGGCAACGUGCUCGAACGUGAUGAAGGUGUCCAAGGCCAACUUCAGGCCACCGCCACAGGUCGAUUCCUGCGUUGUGCGUAUUGUACCCAAGCAGGGAGUCGAGCGUCCUACCAUCGCCUUCGAGGAGUUUGAUGGCCUUCUUCGUGUUUGUUUCAACCGUAAGAACAGGACCAUGCGAGCCAGCUGGCUUGGUACGAAAGAAGUACUCCAGAUGCUGGAGAAGAACUACCGCACAUGGGCUGCGAUGAACAACGUGCCCCUGGACGACUCUCUGGUUGAGGAUGAUGAAGACGACGCCAUGGAAAUGGACGACGAUGCGGAUGCCGGCGGUAACGAAGAAGAUGAUGAUGUUGAGCCCAUGGACGACGACACACCCGAGUUCUUCAAGGAGCUCAACGCCACAGCUGCCAAGGUGCCUGAGAAGACAAAGAGCAAGCGCAAGAAGACCAAGGUUGCGGCGCUUGUGAGGAGUAAGAUUGAACGUGCGCUUGAGAGCACCGGCCUAAUGGAGAAGAGAGCGCGGCUGUGCGACGAGACGGAUUUCUUGAAGCUGCUUUCUGCUCUCAACUCGGAGGGCAUCCACUUUGCAUAA